ACGAGUGGCUGCUUCAGCUGUGUGUGUUACAAAUACUGCACAUGGUAGCGUUUGGUAGCUGCUUGUAGUGACGGACACCACCGGGCCCCAUACUCUGAACUUUUUGGAAUUCUUUGUUUACAAGUUAAAGCACAACGUUUACUUUCAUUUCUGCAAGUUGUAAAACAAUUACAACUUUGAAGUCAGCGUUCAAGGCUGUGCGCGAGCGUUAUAUAGCGAGUUUGAGGACUUUGACAAACAGUUGUAACUUGUCCCACUCCGCCUGCAGCAGCCACGCAGAAGCUAUCAUGUCGACCGGCUCAAAUGAAGUUAAAAGCUGCCCCAUCCCCACCAGGGUGCUCACCCUGAAGGACUGGUCCCAGCUACCCGACCUUUACAGCCAGACACCCGGGGGCACCCUGUUCUCCACCACGCCUGGAGGUACACGCAUCAUCUACGACAGGAAGUUCUUAAUGGAUUGUCGAAACUCUCCUAUCGCCCGGACCCCCCCAUGCUGUCUGCCCCAGAUCCCCGGGGUAACAGUACCUGCUUCACACCCCAUGGGGAAACUGCAGGAUCUCAAAGAGGAGGAGGAAGAGGAAGAGAAAGACAUUGCAGAUGACAACCAGUUUGAGAUGGACAUCUGAGCUCCAUUAUUACCUCCUGUGGAGAGUUAUUAGUUAAAACACCUCCAAGGUCAUUAAUGACUGUCAUGCAUUACAUAUAAAGCUUUUUUUCACCUUUUUUUAAACGCCUUUGUGAGGAACCAAAAAGAAAAGUUCAACUAUAGGGUGUUUUGAACCCUAAAAAAAGCAAAGAAAUGCUAUUUAACGGGCUGAUUGGUUGCUCACUCACCUCAGAGCUGCAGCAGGAUUGAAUAAAAUCCAUUUUGAUUUCACUUUUUUUAAAUCUUUUGUAAAUAACAUUGUACAAUGUAGCCUAUUUUUUAAGUUGGGGGAAUAUGAGAUGAUUACAUUAAGAGAUGUAGAGUUUUUCACUGCAGGCAUCAGUUUUUUUGUUGUAUUUCUCCCAAACGGAUGGCUUACUUUCUUUGUGAUGGGCAAGCAAGUGUCUCCUAAUAUCGGGGGGGUCAGGGCCUACUGAAAAUCAGCUCUACUCUGUAUUGUACAGAGGAAAAGCUGAAAUGUGAAUAAUUUCAACUAAAGGCUAUUCAGACCUGUCAAA